CGUUCGGGGUUUAUCACUUUGUUUAGCUGUUGUGCGAGCUAGUAAGUUGUUUUAAAACACAAGGUAGCGUUAAAAUAUAUUUAAAAAGGGUUACGGUCGUUUACUAGUUAUAAAAUGGACUCGUCUUCACUGUGCCGUGAUCUGGACCUUGUUGCCGGCAAUGGGUGCAUUUUAACCGUUGAGCAAAGAGCAGCCCUUCAGGUUUCCCUGGUGACUCUCAAGAAAACCUACAAGUUCACCAGAGUCUUGUUUUGGGGCAAAAUAUUAGGAUUGGAGCACGACUACUUCAUUGCGCAGGGAAGAGGAGAACAUGAGAUGAAAGACAGAAAGAAUCUGUACAGUUUGAAUUGCAUGGACUGGUUCCUGCUCCCUACUGUCACAGACUCCCUGAUCGAGGAGGUUUCUGUAGCUGCUAAGGGUCGCUUCAAAGGAGACCCUUCAUAUGUGCAUGACCAUAGUGGCCGCAGUCCUGAAGAAACCAUGGAAACGACCAAGGUGGAUGAGGAGAAGAGACUGGCAGUGACAGUUCAUUGCAUCGAUGAAGACGUGUCUGUGGUUCCUCGAGGUGCCUUCAUCAAGAGGCCAAAUGGCCUUGUCCAGAUCAACCGCUGCUUUGGUGGUCUCUCUGACUCAGAAGCACAUAGGCUUGAAAAUUUUGUGCACUUUAGCAAACCAAAGGGCUUCAAGAAAUCGAUCCCAGCAACUGGUAACUGGAGCCCAGCAGCUGACUUUCUGGAUACCAUAGAUGAUGACAUUCCCAAAGGAUCAUGGAGUCUUCAGUUUGAGGGUGCGGGUAAAGUUUGUGUGCUGCGCAGCCUUCUGUGGCUUGGACUGACUUUCUACCAUGUGCCAAUGACUCCGCAGCACGGCUACAUCUACAUCGGAGAUGGGAUCAAAAAUAUAGACCUACCCUUCAUGCUGUGAAAGAGACCCCUUAUAUUUUAUUUCUCAAGAGUUCUGUUACUAUAUGUUAAAGUCAACUUAAGGAAUUAAAUCAACAGCAGUUUGUGUCUAUAAGAUUCUUGUCCUUUUCAGCUGUAUCACAAAAUCUUACACAGUAAACAGAUUUUGAGAGGCAGAAUAAACAGACAUUUUAUUUGAACAUCUGUGUUGUAUUGUGUUUACACAGUCAACAUACCACCUACUUUGAAAAUGUAACACUGACCCAGUUGUUGCUCACAUUAAGUUGUCAGCAACUUCACUUCAAGGGCUUUUUUUAAAGACCCACAGUCAGAAUAGAUGGGUUCUGGGUGGAGCUGAACACGUUUCAUGAAAAGUCUGACGCAGCUUUAUAAACAAAAGUUAGAAUAAAUACAGAUGGAUGAAGCUUUUACGUCUCCUCCUACGCCAGCAUGACAGAAGUCCAGGUAAACUGCAGAUAUCGAUGAAAAGCAUGAAACUCUCCCCUCGUUUCUCUUGAGUGAUGGGCCCCUCCUCCUCCAGCUGUUGUACCAGGUCAGGUUUUGUGUCCUUCAGUGUUUGAUGUAUAGGGGCUUCACACCGUAACGCACAUUGUUCUUGAGUGCUGGGUGACCAACAGCCAUGCGCUUCUUACACCACUUCAGACCAGUUUUAUAGAUGGGUUUCACUGAAUCAAUAGACCAGCGAGUCAGGUACCUGUGCAACAACCAGGGAUUAAAAAGGAUCAGUAAUCACAUUUUAAGCUCACUGAAUAUGCACGUACAUACUGUUUAGACACACACAGGUGCAGAUGCAUGCGUCACCUGUUAAGUUGGGGCUUUGGUCUCUUUGGAACGUGACCCUCAGGAAGUUUGGGUUUGUGAUCAGGAAGCAGACCUUAAAUGCAGAUGGAAAAGUUUGUUUAAAUUUAAAAGUUGCUUUCUUAAAUUCACACUAUGCAACUAAGCAUCUGCAAUCAAAGGUAAUAUCAAUUCAACCAAAAAUCACUGACCGUUAAAGAAUUUCUCAGUUGUGCACACAGGUGACAGACUAAACAAGAGUAAACAAGGUUUUCUAUUAUAAACAUCACAGGACCAAAAGCAGGGUUGCAAUCUUGGUGUCUUUGCUUUCAGUUAAAUUAACAGCCCAACUUUUUGAAAACUCAGAGCAUUUUCAUGUAUCGUAAAAGAUUAAAAAGGAAAUAAAAACUGCAUCUGUUUGUGUUUCUCCAACAAUUCAUUUGAAAGGGUGAUCCACCCUGCCUAUAAAAUUUCCCACCACAGAAACACAGCCAAGAAGAAGAAUUACUGUUGCUGAGAAAAAAUAAAAAGUACAGACACAAACAGCUGCAUUUCAUUGUUGCUGCAUUUUAUCUUUCUAUUGUCAACAGGUGAUACAGAUUAAUAUUCUAAUAAAACAAUUUCAACAAUGUAGAUUAUGUGCAAAACUGUGUUGUACCAUGUUUACGCAGUAAUCAAUUUCAGUGAAUGCAAUUUUCAGCUGCUAGCACCUCUCCACCCAUCUAGGCUUUCUGACGAGUAAAACGACACUAUAUCUUUGAUAAGUUGAAAUGCCACUACAU